AUGUCUUACUCAGAUGCAUAUGAUGAGGUGGACUCGUUAGAUUCUUGUAAAGGCCCUGUAAAUACGGCGAAACACAACACUCUUAUGCAAGAGAACUGCGAAAAUAUGGUCAGAAUGGAUCUCACACAGUACACAGAAACCGGGAUCAAUGAGUCACUGGAGGAACGGCAAACACUGCUGGAGGAGCUGAAAACGGAGUACCUAAAUCUUCUCGACAAGGAAAAACCAGAUCUAAUCUUCGUUCAGAACGAUUCCGAUGUCGUUGAAGGAAUGACACUUGAAGAACUUCUACGUAAACAUGGACCAUUUCCUUUAGAAGAGCAUAUCGCUGCCGGUAUUUUACGGAGUGUCAGCUCAGCGAUUAUGUUCCUCCAUAGCCGAGAAAUUGUCCAUGGCGGCCUCGAUUUCACAUCAGUGAUUAUCGAUUCACGUUUCAGAGCGAAAACCAUAAUUACCACAACGCUUUACCAGACGAAACAUUCGAAAUACGGAGCCAGAGCCAAAGUUGAGGAUGUUUUUCAUCUUGGACUGCUCUUAUAUCGUAUGGUAACUGGUCGAAAGGCUGAAUUCGGUAAGGAUGGAGAACUAGUUGGUGGUCCAAGCCCCUACUUGAGAGUGUCCGAAAAAGGUCUUAAGCUGGCUGAGUUCAUGUUGACAAAGAGUAAGAGGUUCCCCCCAACAAUUGGACGAGUUCGCUACAGCGAGUGGUUGGAGGAAUGCGAAGAAAAUCCACCAGUAUUCGUGAUUUUUCCAGACUACGUAUGA